GAAAUCGAAAAUUGUCAUCAUGGGAGAUCAGGUCGUGCCAGCAAAAGGCAACAUCUUGGGAACCCUCAUCCCGGCCCGUUACAUUUUGGCCGUGCUCGGUUCGAUCGCGAUGGCUAUCAUCUACGGGCUGAAGGUGAAUCUGAGCGUGGCGAUGGUCGCGAUGUUGAACCAUUCCGCCCUUGCCCAUCACGGCGCAUUGUCGGUCGAGGCGAAGGAACACGUUAACGCAGAACCCGUCUGCCAGGGCAGCAACUCAACCGAAGCGGUUGAGGACGGUCCAUUCAUCUGGAGCGAACCGGUACAGGGCAUCAUUCUGAGCUGCUACUUCUGGGGUUACCUGGUUUCUCAGGUACCUGGAGCACGCGUCGCCGAAUCCUUCUCCGCCCGGUGGGUCAUGUUCUUCUCCGUGUUAAUCAACGUUGUCUGCACCCUGCUCACACCGGUCGCGGCCAAGAUGCAUUACGUUGCGAUGAUCGUUAUGCGCGUUGGCGAAGGAAUCGGAGGCGGUGUGACCUUCCCGGCAAUGCACGUAAUGCUGGCAUCGUGGGCUCCACCGAACGAACGAAGCGUGAUGUCCGCUAUCGUGUACGCUGGUACCGCACUCGGUACGGUCAUUUCGAUGCUGAUGGCUGGCGUGCUGGCCGGCACACUCGGCUGGGAGUCGGUGUUUUACGUGAUGGGUGGCCUAAGUUGCCUGUGGAUGGUUUUAUGGCUGUGGCUGAUCCAGGAUACACCGAGCAAGCAGCCAUUGAUUAAUCAGGAGGAGCGCGAUCUCAUUACCUCUUCGCUUGGGUCGGGUUCGUCGCACGGUCACAACGAGCCGAAACCUCCCGUACCAUGGCGAAAGGUGUUUACAUCCGCUCCAUUCUACGGCAUACUGAUCGCUCACGUCUGCAACAACUGGGGCUGGUAUAUGCUGUUGAUCGAGCUACCAUUCUAUAUGAAGCAGGUACUACAAUUCAACAUCAAGGAGAAUGCCGUCGUUACCGCCAUUCCGUUCCUGACGAUGUGGUUCUUCAGUAUGGCGCUCAGUAAAACGCUGGAUGCGUUACGAUCGCGAGGCAAGAUCACGACCACCAUUGCGCGCAAAACUGCCACCUUUAUUGCAUCCGCCGUACCGAUGGCAUGCCUGCUGGCGCUCUGCUACAUCGGUUGCCAGCGUGGACUGGCGGUUACUCUGAUGACGGUGGGCAUUACGGCAAUCGGUGGCAUGUUCUGCGGACUGCUCUCUAACCAUAUCGAUAUUGCACCGAACUAUGCCGGAACACUGAUGGCCAUUACAAACACGGCCGCUACGCUUUCUGGCAUCAUUGUGCCCAUCUUUGUGGGACAGAUUACGCACGGAAAUCAAACGAUCGGUGCAUGGCGUGUAAUCUUCUUUGUUACGAUCGGUCUGUACAUUCUGGAGAUCAUUGCCUACCUGCUGCUGGCGUCGGGUGAAGAACAACCCUGGAACAAAGGUGACAAACCGGCCAGUGCGAUUGAAUCAGCCGAAGCGGAAGCGACUCCGUUGAACACGAAAGAAUCCAAACAGAGCUAUAACAGCCAGGAGCAGUAAAGUAACUUAUUAUUUCAUCGAAGCAAAUGGUUCAAAUGCCGUUCUGGAAAGGGCGUUCCGAGAGGAAGUUGUUCUAUGCAAUGAGAUCGCAUAUCAACUGUGAAUGCUACUCUAGUUAAUAUUCGACUAUCGUUUUUGAUUGGCGAUUAUUCUCUCUAUUUUGCUACACUUACCGAAAUCAAUGGUACUUAAGGUUAGAUACACUAAGUUUGUUUCAUGUAUUUGUUAUCUGCUGUUUGAUGGACUCGAAGAGAAAUAGCCACAGUACACUAAUACUGGACGCUACUAUCAGAUAAGAUCUAUUUAAAAAAAUGAAAACUAUAAAUCCAAAAACAACGAUGUCAAUGUUUCAAGGGACUGUACAACAAAUCAUUUACAAAAGGACAGUGAUGAGGAUGACUGUUGUUUGGUAUAGCAUAGUUUUUCACCCACCUAUCAAUCAGCAGUCACUUAUAGAGUGAUGUAAACUGUGCGAAAAUGUCGUUUCAUAUGUUACUCCUAUAAACCCGAGAGCAUUUAAUCGCGAGAAAAGUUUAAAAAAACAAUGAAUGUACGCUAAGUGGACACAUUUAAUUUCGCACAUUCAAUGUCAAACUGCCUUGCCUUGGUAGAGCGUUGGUACCCAAAAUAAAAUGAUUAACAAACCAAAUAGAAACUAUUCUCACAAAAAUCUAUCAAUACAGAAACAAUCGCAUGAAAUAUGAAAGACUUCAACAGGAGCUGGAACGAACCGAAAGGAAUAGAGUAUAGGACGGAAUGUUAGACUGGAAAAUGCUUGGGCAAAUAUGUAGGACACACUAUAGACAUGAUGGUAGUUACAAUGCUGCA